GCUACUCAGGUUCACACAUACUCAGGUUCACACAUACUUUAGUCAACUUUAACCAUCCGCUCUAUCCACCUCUCCCUAUCUAUAUAAACCGUCACUCCCUGCUGUUCAUCAUCAAGAAAGACGGCAAAGAUGGCCAAGAUAACAACCCUUUUCUUGACGUCUCUCCUCCUCCUCUGCGCGAUCUCAUCCUGCUUUGCUCGCCCCGAGCCAGUGUUUCUCGAUGUUACUCCAGUCCAGGCUCAACGUGCGGGCGUGGAAACGAAGCACGACGUUGACUUGAUGGAUGAGAGCUGCAAAGGAGUUGGCGAAGAAGAAUGCUUGUUGAGGAGGACUCUGGCUGCUCACAUCGACUAUAUCUACACCCAAAAGCAUCAUCCUUGAACUUAAUCUCCUCUGUUGGCGAUUAGGAAAAAAAAAAUUGAGGCUUGAACGGUUUAGUGGGCCUCUACUAACCUUGUUGUGAAUUACGAAACAUAUACUAUGGUGGGAAUGAGAAAUUUGCUCGUCACUGAGAGUGGAUUCCGAGUGUGUUUGCUUCUGAGAGUUCGUUU